AAACCGUUCGCUUAUUCCCGAACCAAAAGCCGAACGAAGCAGUUGUGCGUCCGCCGGAUGCUGUGCGCUCCCCAUACCUGUUCCAGUGUUUGCGUGUGCGUGUGUGUAGGUGUUUGUGUUUAAUGAUUUUUCACAAACGUAAAUAAAUAAAUUGUGCUUUUUUUGUUGUUUGUUGAUCCAAUUGCAAGUGUACGGGCUCCCGCUAAACGCAAUGAACAGUAGCGCUGGAAAGGAUCAAGUGCGUUGCAACAACAGUGCGGUAGUGCGUCGUGCUGCCGAAACAGUGAGCCAAGGUACGACCUAAAGACAGACAGACAGCAAAAAAAAGGAGUGAAGUGGUUAACCACACCAGCGAAGGUUAAAGGUUUAUCGCGCGUAGAAUCGGUGUGCGGCGUUUUGCAAGUAAAUCACGUAGAAAAAAGGCAACCCCGAAACGACCACCACCGUCCGUGUGGAGGGCUUUGGGAAGGGCAAACAAGGCUACAGAGAAGAGUCGAGAGCAAACCAAAAAACAAAAAAAAAAAGAAAACAAAUCAACGAAGUGUGCCACUCUUCGCUGAUAGCGCCAUCCCAUUGCCAACAACCUGUCUUAUCAGUGCUCCGUGCCAGUGGUGUCCAGGCUCGCGGCUCUAGACCCGAACCGUUGUUGGCGAAUACACGAAACGUCUAAAAAGCUUUAUUUAAACGCACAUUUAUACCUUUUUAAGAGGAAGAGAGAGAGAGAGAAAAAAAUCGGCGUCUUAAAGUUGCAGCAGAACAAUCGUAAAGAUACCUUUGAACCCGUGCGAGGAGAUUGCAAUUACAACACGCGCAAACAAAUCACACCACCCACUCACUGUUGCAUCUCUCUUUUUUUCUGUGUGAAGGAGAUAAGUUUUGCUUUCAAUACACAAACACACGCACAGAAAAGUUCGGCUUGCGAGUGAAAGGUGAAAUAACAGCCAGUGUAGCCAGCAGCAAGUGUAGUGUCGUGUGUGUGUGUGUGUGUGUCUACAGUGCGCGUGUGUAUGCCUAUCAGCAAACUCCCGCGAUUUGAUAACGCGCGCGCAUCCAUCCACACACCGUCAUCGUAAUCAAGCGUUUGCGCCGAAACAAAAAGAGGCAAAAAGAUUACCGUCUUAAUACUACCACCACUACUACCUUGAAAACGUAAACAAACGCUACGUCGCUCAUUACAGCAACAAACAGUAGCUGCAACAAAAACAACAACAAUGGCGUACGAGAUGAUGCUGUACCCGAAGGAAAAGACACCGCAAACAGUGCCGGCGGCCGGUAACUAUACGUCGGACGUGUACGCCUCGUACGCGGAACUGUUCGACCUGUCCGUCAACCUGCCGAACGACGGCGAAGUGCCGCUAAGCCCCCAGUCCCAGCUGCACCAGCAGCAGCAGCAGCAGUCGUACGGCGGUCAGCCCGCCCAAAGCCCGGAGUACAUACCGGCCACGAUCUUUCACGACUUGCCGAUGCAGCCGAUGAAACAGGAGCACCCGUCGACGGCCUGGUCGGACAGUUGGAGCAGCAGCAGCAGCGGCUACAGCAGCUGCGGCAGCAUUAUCAGCAGCAACCCUGCAUCGCCGGAAUCGACCGCCUCGUCCUACGGGCUGCUGGACCAUCCGCACCAGCAAACGGGCCAUCAGCAGCGUACCGUGUCGCCGUACCACCAUCACCAUCAGCACCAGGCGGGCAGUCUGCUGGAUCAACCGAUCAUCAAGACGGAGUACGAUUCCGGAGCGGAAACCAGCAUCGAUCUGGAGUCGCUGCUCGGUGACUCAUCGCCGUACCACCAUCAGUCACAGUCGCCCUCGCCGGGCUUCGUAAAGGUGGAACCGAACUAUUCGGGCCCGCUGGAGCAGCCACCAUCUGGCACCGCCAGCAAACCGCAGACCGGUGGAUUCCAGAUACUGCGGGAGCAUCUACAGGACACCAGCUUCCAGCGCCGGCACAAUCUGAAACCGUUAGAGCUGGAUUCGCUGAUCGGAGGGCUGACGACCCAUGCCGACAUUGGGCCGGUGUUUGAGUUCGCCCUGCAGGAGAUGAAGAACGGUAUGCAGGCGACCUGUACCGAGCUGGGCAUCUCUUCCGAUCCCAAGCAGUGGACAACGGCCAAGGUCCAUCAGUGGUUGGAGCUGGCGAUGGGCAAGUACUUCCUGCCCCGGUUAGACAACCUUGCCGCCCUGUUCCCGGAAAAUGGUGCCCAACUGGCAGCGCUACCGUUGGAGGAGUUUGUCCGUCGUAUACCACAGGGUGGUGAUAAGCUGCACGGCUACCUUGAUCUGUGGAAGCAGAUCAAUCGGCUAAUGGUCGGUGAUAAUGCUACGGUCGAUAGUAUGGUUACCGACAAUCUCACUUCUACCGGUGGCGUCAUCUCGUCGAUGGGAUGCGCUCCAGUGUCUGGCGAUGGCAAUGGAUCUAGCUUUGCUGCUGGAUUACCCACGGACAGUAGGCUGGGUGGUGUGAUGAUGGCCGGCGUUGCAACUAGCAGUGGUAGCAGCUGUGUUACACCCGGCCCAAGCAGCAGUCCACCGAUUGCGGAGAACUUCGACAGUGACUCAAUGAAUGGAGAUAUCAGUGACGAUGACGACGAAGACAUGCCGCUGGAAAGCCCUGGCAGCUCAUCUUCAGCCGGUGGUCCAUCGACAAGCGCCACCAGCGCCACCACGGGAGCAUCCGGAGCACCUGCCCCGGCCAAGGCCCGGCACGGUGGGUCCCACAUACAUCUGUGGCAGUUUCUGAAGGAGCUGCUCGCCUGCCCGGAACAGCACCAGAACGCGAUCCGCUGGAUCGACCGGUCCAAGGGUGUGUUCAAGAUCGAGGAUUCGGUGCGCGUCGCCCGACUGUGGGGCCGGCGCAAAAACCGUCCCGCCAUGAACUACGACAAGCUGUCGCGCUCGAUACGGCAGUACUACAAGAAGGGUAUCAUGCAGAAGACGGAACGCUCGCAACGGUUGGUGUACCAGUUCUGCAGCCCGUACGCGCUGUAGAGAACCGCAACCAUCCCAACCACCUUACUUAAGAGCGACCCCGGCCUGUAGAGCUGUAGUUUCCCGUUUUGUUUUACUUCCGCGGCUAGAGUGUAGGACAAUAUUUAUUAUGCGUAAUUUAUUUGAAAAGAACAACAAAACAGACAGCAACAUCAAACGUUCAGAAACGUAAACAGAGGAGCACAUAUCUCGCGUAUGCUCGGCAGGAUACCUUAGCAGCUUAAGCACACUUUAACGCACAGUUUGUUGCCGAUCUAACCACAGACAGUCGGUUAGGCAUCAUUCUCUUGCACUUGCAGUCAGCUAAGACGUAAUCACUCUUUUGUAUUAUCACUCACAGGCACAAUCACUCUUCUCGUCACUGCGGAGGGGGUAGUGAGCAUUGUAGAUCUAGCCGGAUUUCGGACGACUCUACCUUCUUCUUCUUGGGUAGUAUUAACCCAGGCAGAACAAUGGUGACAGACCGAUCGGUAUAUAUGACAGAUGACAGCGCUUACACAACCCUUAAGAGAGCGAGAUAGAGCUUACAAGCUUUAGGAUAAUAUUCUUAAAAAAUGAUGUGAUUACUUACCGUCCUUGAUAUUGGUCCUGGUGGAGCUCUUCUUGAAUGUAGGAGAUCCUCCUGGUACCAGCAAAAAUCUCCAACACAUACACACCACUCACUUCUGUUCUCCUCCGUUCGGUGUUAUCCUGAUGCUGGAUCCGAUCUGUGGAUGGAGAAAUCAGAGAAAAGAACACACACACACCCGCACGUCGGACAUGGCGUCUCGCAGGUGGAGAAGCGUCCUUUAUAUCACUGCUUUCGAAAGCAUUCGAGAGAGUAACUGCAUUCUCCGGCUUCUCGAGUAGCAAUCCCCAUUUAGGACGCAGACGAGUCGUUAUCUCGACUUUAAUAUUCGUCGUUUACUUUUUAACGUAUUUGCUUACCGUUUCUGCUGUGUGCUGGUUUCCGGGCGCACCGGGUAUUACGGGCGCCUGGCCACAAAAGGCAGAUUCGGUAAUUUCGGUCCCAUAUAUCUAUGAUAUAUUUUUACUGUAAGUUCUAUGAACAUUACAACGUUUUAAGGUUUAGCGAAGACGAAGAAGAAGAAAAAACAAACGAUCGUAACAAAAUAAUUUAAAAAAAACAACUAGGUAUGUAAGUGAAUCCGUACGGUUAGGUUAAGGAACUCUCUCCGACACACAGCUCCAUUGUGCUGUUGUGUUUUUGUUUUUUUAGAAAUUAAAUGUAUCUGUUCUGUUUUCACUUUCACACUCUACAAACACUUACUUUUUCUCUUUUCUUUGCUGUGCACAACACUUUCAUACACUUUUAUCUCACUUUUAACGAGUUGAAAUCUUUCAUCUCUUCUCAAUAAGUAUAAAAACAAUUAGCCACGUAAGCAAACAAUUACCGGAACCGGUUUCGUAAGUCGAAACCUCACCGGUAGUACUAGGCUAUCGUUGCAAUAUUUGAAGUAGAGUGUUAGUGUUUUGAAGCAAAAGUGGGAAAUGUUUCCCCAUUGAUAUUAUAGAAGUAGUAGUAGAAGUAGAAGUAGAAGUUGGUAAAGUCAAUAGGGAGAAUGAAUUGUGAGGAAGAUUUCGUGGCGGCUCUGGACACACAACCGAUCAACAGUCGUCGAUGAGAGACAUUUGAGCUCACUUUCUCAUCGUAGACUUUUCGCCGGUUACAUGUGAUGUGUCAGAAAGGGAAGGGAGUGAUCGAGAGAAAGGAAGAAGAGUUUAAUGGCUUGUUUUUUAAAUUAAACUAAGAAUAAUACAACAGAAUCUUCACUCAAAAGUGUGGUCAUUCAUAAUAAGUCAACAGAGUUGUUGUUAAGAUUUAGGAACUAUCUUUAAGAUCAAUAGCCACAAGUCUCCCCUUUACACCAGCGCAGUGUAAUGGAAGGGCUAUAAGCUUUUCAUUGAAACAAUUUGUCCAAUAUUCGUCUAUUGUUAAGCAGAUUAUUCAUUAAAGCGUUAGUUAGCGCUUAUGUCUCACACAUAUUUCUCUACCACCUUGGUGCAUGGGUAGCUCCACGCGAGAGGAGCAUAAUUUGUUUGUAGUAGCUUAUAAUAACAAAACAACAAAACAAAAAAAGAUAUUUAGCCGUAAGCCACAACUUCUAAGAAAAUAACUUCAUGUGAUUUAAGUGCCUUUCCCAGUUUAAUAUAUGUAACAGAAAACAUAACCACAACCAAGCUAUUGAUGUAAUCGAUCGAUCGAUUAGAAUUUAAGAUAGAUCGCUAGGUACCGCUAGGUGAAUCUUUGCUACCACCAAGUUUACCGAUACAUCGAUGUCGAACGCACCAUCGCACGCAUAUCUUUUGGUCAGAUACACACACAAUAUCCAGGCAUGGAAUGUUUGUUGUUGAAAGUAGAGAUUAGCUAGCACCUGUAAUGAUGUAAUACACGCAUUGAUUUGUACAAUAAACUAGAAACUAAACAAAAA